UUGCGCCGAGGCCAAGUGGGGCGCGCGCUAGGGAGAGCGGGAAGUGUAAAUGAGCAAAGAUGGAUCAGGAAGGUGGGGGAGAUGGGCAGAAGGCCCCGAGCUUCCAGUGGCGGAACUACAAGCUCAUCGUGGAUCCUGCCUUGGACCCUGCCCUGCGCAGGCCUUCUCAGAAGGUGUACCGCUAUGACGGAGUCCACUUCAGUGUCAACGACUCAAAGUAUAUACCAGUCGAAGACCUCCAAGACCCCCGUUGCCAUGUCAGGUCCAAAAACAGAGACUUUUCCCUCCCAGUCCCUAAGUUUAAGCUGGACGAGUUCUAUAUUGGACAGAUUCCACUGAAGGAAGUGACUUUUGCAAGGCUGAAUGACAACGUGCGGGAGACCUUCCUGAAGGAUAUGUGCCGUAAGUACGGCGAGGUGGAAGAGGUAGAGAUCCUUCUUCACCCCCGUACGCGCAAGCACCUGGGCCUGGCCCGUGUGCUCUUCACCAGCACUCGAGGCGCCAAGGAAACAGUCAAAAACCUCCACCUUACCUCCGUCAUGGGCAACAUCAUCCAUGCCCAGCUUGACAUCAAAGGACAACAACGAAUGAAAUACUAUGAACUAAUUGUCAAUGGCUCCUACACCCCUCAGACUGUGCCCACUGGGGGCAAGGCCCUGAGUGAGAAGUUCCAAGGCUCGGGUGUAGCCACUGAGACGGCUGAAUCCCGCCGUCGCUCUUCCUCCGACACUGCUGCCUACCCAGCAGGCACUACUGCAGUGGGCACUCCUGGCAACGGCACCCCCUGCUCCCAGGACACAAGCUUCUCCAGCAGCCGACAAGAUACCCCAUCUUCCUUUGGCCAGUUCACCCCUCAGUCCUCCCAAGGAACCCCCUACACGUCUCGGGGCAGCACCCCCUACUCUCAGGACUCCGCCUACUCCGGCAGCACCACUUCAACCUCCUUCAAGCCCCGGCGGUCAGAGAACAGCUACCAAGAUGCCUUUUCCCGCCGCCACUUCUCUGCAUCUUCAGCCUCCACAACCGCCUCCACGGCCAUCGCCGCCACCACUGCAGCCACCGCAGCAUCCUCCGCCUCUUCCUCCUCUUUGUCCUCAUCCUCUUCGUCAUCCUCUUCCUCCUCGUCCUCUCAGUUUCGUAGUUCUGACUCAAACUACCCAGCGUAUUAUGAAAGCUGGAAUCGCUACCAGCGCCAUACUUCCUACCCAUCACGCCGGGCCACGCGGGAAGAUCCCCCUGGAGCCCCCUUUGCUGAAAAUACAGCUGAGUGCUUCCCACCUUCCUAUACCUCCUACCUGCCCCCCGAGCCCAGCCGGCCCGCCGACCAGGACUACCGGCCUCCUGCCUCAGAGGCUGCACCCCCGGAGCCUCCAGAACCUGGCGGAGGCGGGGGUGGAGGAGGGCCCAGCCCUGAGAGAGAAGAAGUUCGGACUUCCCCCCGCCCAGCCUCACCUGCCCGCUCCGGCUCCCCAGCCCCAGAGACCACCAAUGAGAGCGUGCCCUUCGCCCAGCACAGCAGCCUGGAUUCCCGCAUCGAGAUGCUGCUGAAGGAGCAGCGCUCCAAGUUUUCCUUCUUGGUCUCUGACACAGAGGAGGAGGAAGAGAACAGCAGCGUGGGCCUUGGGGCCAGAGAUGCAGGGAGUGAGGUGCCUUCUGGGUCAGGGCAUGGGCCCUGCACACCCCCUCCAGCCCCAGCUAAUUUUGAGGAUGUGGCACCUACAGGGAGUGGGGAGCCAGGGGCUACCCGGGAGUCUCCCAAGGCAAACGGACAGAACCAGGCUUCUCCAUGCUCUUCUGGAGACGACAUGGAGAUCUCCGAUGACGACCGGGGUGGCUCACCCCCUCCGGCCCCGACGCCCCCUCAGCAGCCUCCGCCGCCUCCCCCUCCCCCGCCUCCUCCUCCUCCCUACCUGGCGUCCCUUCCCCUUGGUUAUCCUCCCCACCAGCCUGCCUACCUCCUCCCACCCAGACCUGAUGGGCCGCCGCCCCCUGAGUACCCCCCACCUCCUCCACCACCCCCGCACAUCUAUGACUUUGUGAACUCCCUGGAGCUCAUGGACCGACUUGGGGCUCAGUGGGGAGGGAUGCCUAUGUCCUUCCAGAUGCAGACCCAGAUGUUAACUCGACUCCAUCAGCUGCGGCAGGGCAAGGGAUUGAUUGCCGCCUCAGCUGGUCCCCCCGGUGGGACCUUUGGGGAGGCCUUCCUCCCAUUCCCACCCCCGCAGGAGGCAGCCUAUAGCUUGCCCUAUGCUCUAUAUGCACAGGGGCAGGAGGGCAGAGGGGCAUACUCGCGGGAGGCCUAUCACCUGCCCAUGCCCAUGGCAGCCGAGCCCCUGCCCUCCUCCUCAGUCUCGGGAGAGGAGGCCCGGCUGCCACCCAGGGAAGAAGGAGAGCUGGCAGAGGGCAAGACCCUCCCGACGGCAGGCACCGUGGGCCGUGUGCUUGCCAUGUUGGUCCAGGAGAUGAAGAGCAUCAUGCAGCGAGACCUCAACCGCAAGAUGGUGGAGAACGUGGCCUUCGGAGCCUUUGACCAGUGGUGGGAGAGCAAGGAGGAGAAAGCCAAGCCAUUCCAGAAUGCGGCCAAGCAGCAAGCCAAGGAGGAGGAUAAAGAGAAGACAAAGCUGAAGGAGCCUGGCCUGCUGUCCCUCGUGGACUGGGCCAAGAGCGGGGGCACUACGGGCAUCGAGGCCUUCGCCUUUGGGUCAGGGCUGCGAGGGGCCCUGCGGCUGCCUUCAUUCAAGGUAAAGCGGAAAGAACCAUCGGAAAUUUCCGAGGCCAGUGAGGAAAAGAGGCCUCGUCCCUCCACUCCUGCUGAGGAAGAUGAAGACGACCCUGAGCGAGAGAAAGAGGCUGGAGAGCCCGGACGUCCGGGGACCAAGCCCCCGAAGCGGGACGAAGAACGAGGCAAGACCCAGGGCAAGCACCGCAAAUCCUUUGCUCUGGAUAGUGAAGGGGAGGAGGCGUCCCAGGAGUCCUCCUCGGAGAAGGAUGAGGAGGAUGACGAGGAAGAUGAGGAAGAUGAAGAUCGAGAGGAAGCUGUGGAUACCACAAAGAAGGAGACAGGGGUGUCGGAUGGCGAGGACGAGGAAAGCGAUUCGUCCUCCAAAUGUUCUCUGUAUGCUGACUCAGAUGGCGAAAAUGACAGCACAUCGGACUCCGAGAGCAGCAGCUCUUCCAGCUCCUCAUCCUCCUCCUCCUCAUCGUCCUCGUCCUCCUCGUCCUCUUCAUCCUCUGAGUCCUCCUCUGAAGAUGAAGAGGAAGAGGAGCGGCCAGCAGCCCUUUCCUCAGCCUCCCCGCCCCCCAGGGAAGUCCCAGUGCCCACACCAGCACCUGUGGAGGUGCCAGCGCCAGAGAGGGUUGCAGGCUCCCCAGUCACACCCCUGCCUGAACAGGAGACAUCUCCAGCAAGGCCUCCAGGCCCCACGGAGGAGCUGCCCCCCAGUGUGCCCCCCCCUCCCCCAGAACCACCUGCUGGGCCCCCGGCCCCCACCCCAUGCCCCGAUGAGCGUCCCUCUUCUCCCAUCCCCCUCCUGCCCCCACCCAAGAAACGCCGGAAAACUGUCUCCUUCUCUGCCAUUGAGGUGGUGCCAGCCCCAGAGCCCCCUACAGCCACACCGCCGCAGGCCAAGUCUCCCGGACCAACCUCCCGCAAGGCCCCCCGGGGCGUGGAGCGGACCAUCCGCAACCUGCCUCUGGACCAUGCAUCUUUGGUCAAGAGUUGGCCGGAGGAGGUGUCCCGAGGAAGCCGGAGCCGGGCUGGAGGCCGAGGCCGCGCCACAGAGGAAGAGGAGGCUGAGCCAGGGACAGAGGUAGACCUGGCGGUCCUGGCUGACCUGGCCCUGACCCCUGCCCGGCGGGGGCUGCCUUCCCUGCCUGCUGUUGACGACUCGGAGGCCACAGAAACAUCGGAGGAGGCUGAGCGCCCCGGGCCCCUGCUCAGCCACAUCCUCCUGGAGCACAACUACGCCCUGGCCGUCAAGCCCACAGCACCGACGCUGGCCCCGCGGCCCCCAGAGCCAGUGCCUGCACCCGCCGCCCUCUUCAGUUCCCCAGCGGAUGAGGUCCUGGAGGCCCCCGAGGUGGUGGUGGCUGAGGCGGAGGAGCCCAAGCCGCAGCAACUGCAGCAGCAGCGGGAGGAGGGCGAAGAGGAGGAGGAGGAGGAGGAAGAGGGGGAGGAGGAGGAGGAGGAGUCCUCUGACAGCAGCAGCAGCAGUGAUGGGGAGGGCGCCCUCCGGAGGCGCAGCCUCCGCUCCCACGCCCGGCGCCGCCGCCCACCGCCCCCACCCCCGCCACGGCCGCCCCGCGCCUACGAGCCGCGCAGUGAGUUUGAACAGAUGACCAUCCUGUACGACAUUUGGAACUCGGGCCUGGACUCAGAGGACAUGAGUUACUUGCGGCUCACGUAUGAGCGGCUGCUGCAGCAGACGAGCGGGGCCGACUGGCUCAACGACACCCACUGGGUUCAUCACACAAUCACCAACCUGACCACCCCAAAACGCAAGCGGCGGCCCCAGGAUGGGCCCCGGGAGCACCAGACAGGCUCGGCCCGUAGCGAAGGCUACUACCCCAUCAGCAAGAAGGAGAAGGACAAGUACCUGGAUGUGUGCCCAGUCUCGGCCCGGCAGCUGGAGGGCGUGGACACUCAGGGGACGAACCGCGUGCUAUCCGAGCGCCGGUCCGAGCAACGGCGGCUGCUGAGCGCCAUCGGUACCUCCGCCAUCAUGGACAGUGACCUGCUGAAACUCAACCAGCUCAAGUUCCGGAAGAAGAAGCUCCGAUUUGGCCGGAGCCGGAUCCACGAGUGGGGUCUGUUUGCCAUGGAACCCAUUGCUGCUGACGAGAUGGUCAUCGAAUACGUGGGUCAGAACAUCCGUCAGAUGGUGGCCGACAUGCGGGAGAAGCGCUACGUGCAGGAGGGCAUUGGCAGCAGCUACCUGUUCCGGGUGGACCAUGACACCAUCAUCGAUGCCACCAAAUGUGGCAACCUGGCCAGGUUCAUCAACCACUGCUGCACGCCCAACUGCUAUGCCAAGGUCAUCACCAUCGAGUCCCAGAAGAAGAUUGUGAUCUACUCCAAGCAGCCUAUCGGCGUGGACGAGGAGAUCACCUACGACUACAAGUUCCCACUGGAAGACAACAAGAUCCCGUGUCUGUGCGGCACGGAGAGCUGCCGGGGCUCCCUAAACUGAGGUGGGGCAGGACGGGUGCCCACACCCCUAUUUAUUCCCCCUGGUGCCCUGAGCUCCCAGCACCCCCCAGCCUUAGUGGGCUCAGCAGGGCCCACAUGCCCCCAUCUCCAAGCGUGGGGUUGGGGGGCCCCAAGCCCAGCGAGGGAGCCUCAGUCCCUGGAGGCAGCUUCUGCCUCUCCUGUCGCCCCUGCCCACCACUCCCUGAUUGUUUUUCUUUGCGGAGAAGAAGCUGUAAAUGUUUUGUAGCAGCCAGCAGCUGUUUCCUGUGGAAACCUGGGGUGCCGGCCUGUACAGAUUCUGUCCUAGGGGCUGCACAGUCCUCUCGCUUUGUGUUAAUGGGGACUUCCCCUUAUGCCCUGCGUGUACCCCUCCCCAGUUUAGGGGUCUCUGGGGCAGUGGCCAUGUUCUCCCCCUGGGGGGGCUCUGCACCCCCAGUCCUGGGGACUCCGUGCCUGGAACCCUGCCUCAUCUGUUCCUGCCAGACCCUGAGGGUCACCCUCCCACCCUGGUGUCACGCCCCGGCUCAGCCAGGCCAGGAUGGCGGGGUGGGCCCCUUCUGCUGGGCUGGACUGUACAUAUGUUAAUAGCGCAAACCUGACGCCACAUUUUUAUAAUUGUGAUUAAACUUUAUUGUACAAAA